AUGGCCAUCAAGAACAGGGUUCGCCAGACAGGACCCAUCAAUGACCAACGGGGAUCAUCCUCAUCAUCUUCCUCAGGAGCAACAUCAGUCCAGGCAUCACAGUUGACUCUCUUCCGUCCUAUCGAACUCGUUACACAGCUCCUGACCAACCAUGCACAUAUCUGGAAGCUGGCCGGACUUUUGCUCCUCUUUGAGAUCCUCCUCAACAUCGUCAUCAUCAAGAAGAUUCCAUACACGGAGAUUGACUGGGCGGCGUAUAUGCAGGAAGUGUCGGGAUACUUGAAGGGAGAGACGGAUUACACAAAGCUUCAGGGCGAUACGGGACCAUUGGUUUACCCUGCCGGAUUUGUGUAUAUCUACUCGACACUCUACUACGCGACAGACUUUGGAGAGAAUAUCUUACGUGGCCAAUGGAUCUUUAUGGGCCUCUACCUGAUGACACUUGUCAUCGUCUUUUCCAUCUACGCCAAGGACAAAUCCAUCCCGCCGUAUGUGCUGAUCCCAGUGUGUCUGUCAAGGAGGUUGCACUCGAUCUAUGUGCUUAGGCUGUUUAACGAUCCUGUGGCCAUGUUCUUCCUGUACGCCGCCACACUUGCCUUCCUCAACCGGCGGUGGGCCCUCAGCAGCACCUUAUUCAGCUUGGCGGUGUCCAUAAAGAUGAACAUCCUCCUCUUCUUCCCAGCAUUCGGAUUCCUCCUCUGGCAGACCCAAGGCAUUAUCGGCACAGUCGCCCAAUUGACAAUCAUGGUCCUGAUCCAAGUCCUUCUCUCAUUGCCGUUCACACUCCACCACCCAAGGAGUUACCUCAACAAGGCGUUUGAGUUCUCGAGGGUCUUUCAAUCGGACGGCGGAAUCGUUGCGGUGAUCAAUAAGGGCUUCAAAGCUUCCCCCACCGUGCUUGCAACCAAUGCCCGAUACAUGCGACCAAGCCACGUACUCACCCUGCUAUUCACCAGCAACUUUAUUGGGAUCGUUUUCGCUCGAUCGCUGCACUACCAGUUCUAUGCAUGGUACUCUAUGACCCUCCCUUACCUCCUCUACCAGACCCGGAUUCCUGUAGUGUUGAGUAUGGUCUUGUUGGGUGCUAUUGAGUGGUCCUGGAAUGUGUUCCCGGCCACUGCUGAGAGUUCGGGAGUUUUGGUGAUCAGCCAUUUGAUCAUCUUGGUGGGACUUUGGGUCGGGAAAAAGUCUGUUGGUUCCCAGAAGAAGAGCAACUAG